GUAGAUAACUCAAGUAGCAGACGCCAUGUUUUGAAAGAAACGGAAAGUUGGAGUAGUUAAAAUUUACAAACAAGCGUUUCACAGCAAUAAUUCAUCGAUGAAAACUGAUGAUGUCAUUUAUAUGAAGUAGUACUAUUUAAUGAUGUGAUAUUUUAAAGCUGAAAAGGAGAUUGACCAUACUAACAUGAGUGAUUCCCAGGAAUCAGCUGACAAAGGCUUCCCCAGUAAGAUGAGAAACUCAGAGAAAUCCACGUCAGGGGGUGGCUCAUACCGGUCAUCAGACCGACCCUCCUCAGGAAAACCGCGGUCGGAUACAUCUAGACGUUAUGACGACAGACCUCAGAGGUCCUCAUACAAAGCCUCGUCACCUCCUAAAGGGGGAACCUCAGGGUUCGACUCCAAAAGAGGAGCUAAGAACCAGACUGAUUCAGGAUAUGCUGACAGGGGAGGGAACUCUAAAAGGGGAGGCGACCCAAGGUCAGGACCUGGAGCCAGGGGAGAUAAGUGGUCACAACGAGGAGAAAAGGGACCUAAAUCUGUAAACAAAGGCCCGGCAGGGGACAGGAGUAGUAAACAGGGUGCUAGAGAAAACAGAUCUUCAGAGGAGAGGGGAGAUAAGCGAGAAGAUAAGAAGACUGGCAGCAGUAAGGAGGUGAAGUCAGCAGCCGAGUUAGAGGAGCAGUGGCAGAACGAGGACGAGAAGAAGAGGAAAGCUGAGGAGGAGGCCAGGAGGAGGGAGGAAGACAGGAUCAGGAGGGAGGAGGAGGAAAAGAGGAAAGAAGAAGAAGAAAAACAGAGACUCCUAGAAGAGGAAAUUAAAACAGUCCAAGACUACCAACAGGAGUGUCUGGAGAAAUACGAGACAAAGAGGAAGUUACGAGAGCAGAACCAGGAGGCCGCAGAGAUCUAUAGGGUUAUAUAAUGACAGUCUUUCUUCAGCAGGUUAGACUCCAGUCUCAAGAAGAACACCGCAUUUGUCAAGAAACUUAAAAACUUAACAGAGUCACAAAAAGACAGUUUGACCAAAGAUUUUAAAGGCCUGAAUCUGAACAAGUACAUAGGAGAAGCAGCUGCGGCCAUCACUGAGGCCAAGUUAAAGAUGUCUGACAUUGCCUGCGGGGUUCACAUCUGCUGUCUGUUCUAUCAGAGGUACGCCGAGUUCUCCAACUAUCUGAUGGACAACUGGCAGAAAUACCUCCUCAGCAAGAAAGAUGAAAAGAUAAGUAACCCCAGUAAGUACCGGGUGGACCUGCGUUUCUUUGCUGAGCUGUUGUCGGUGGGGCUGUUUAGCCUGAGGGAGGGGCUGAAUGUGCUGGCCGGUCAGCUGAGUCUACUGACCGUCAGUGACAAGGAGGAGCACAACAACCUCACCAUACUAACCAGCUUCUGUAAGCACUGCGGGGACGACUACGCCGGGCUACUGCCCCGUAAAAUCAGAUUGCUAGCAGAGAAGCAUGAGGUGGAAAUUCCUCGCAGUACAUUGCUGCCACCAGAGAGACAGAAGGGCUGUCGUAAUUUGUUGGGGGAGUACUACCAGUCUCUGUGUAAACACCUACUGACUGAUCACAAGGAACUAAAGAACAUAGAGAGACAGAACCGCCGCAUUCUACAGGUCAAGCCUGAGGGCCAUAAAACUUGGACGAGCUCACUUUUGAUCUCAAGGCUUAAGAAACUACUGACCAAUACAGCAGUGUUUGCUGACUUGUUGGAUGAAGACUUACCAGAGCUGCCAGAAGACGAAAUCAAAAGAGAUGAUGACACUGGCUUUGACAUAUUUAAUCCGGAGACCAGUGCAGAGUUUCAGUACACAGGGGACAGCACUCUGUUUGAAGACGAGGAUGCCAGAUCCUUCUAUGAAACUUUACCAGACCUCAAGGCAUUCAUUCCAGGGAUUUGCUACAAGGACAGUGAACAAACAUCAGCUAAAGACGGCAGCAAGGAUGAUCUGUCUUGUCUUGACGAAGACAUGGAGAGUCUUCAGAUAGAGGAUGUGGAGAGAGAAAUGGAGACAGAGAAACAGAUCGCGGAGGUGGAAAGUAAAGAGGCUGAGGACACAGCACAGGAGGAGGAGAUAGCAGAGGAAUACGGGAUGUUACCCGACGCUGAUGAGGAAGACGCAGACACAGGGAGUUUAAUGAAGAUGCAGUACGAGGCCUACAUCCAAACACUCCCCAACUGUGUCAACAAAGAUCUCAUAGACAAGGCAGCAGUUGAGUUUUGUAUGAACUUUAACACCAAGAGUAACAGGAAGAAGCUGGUGAGGGCUCUGUUUACUGUCCACCGGACCAGGUACGACCUGCUGCCGUUCUACUCGCGGUUCGUGGCCACUCUCUACCCCUGUAUGCCUGACGUGGCUAGUGAUCUGGUACAGCUUCUCAAGGGAGACUUCAGGUGGCAUGUAAGAAAGAAGGACCAGAUAAACAUAGAAUCAAAGCUUAAGACUGUGAGAUUUAUAGGUGAACUUGUGAAAUUCAAGUUGUUUCCCAAGUCAGAGGCACUUCAUUGCUUGAAGAUGCUGAUGUUUGACUUUUCCCACCACAACAUAGAGAUGGCGUGCUCUCUGUUAGAUUCCUGUGGACGGUUUCUCUAUAGAUCUCAGGACUCCCACCACAGGACCAAAAUAUACCUGGAUGUUAUGAUGAGGAAGAAAUCUGCCCUCCACCUAGAGAGUCGAUACACCACCAUGAUAGAGAACGCCUUCUACUACAGCAAUCCUCCUGAGACCCAGCAAACUGCCCAGAAAGUACGGCCCCCAAUGCAUGAGUACAUCCGUAAACUUCUGUAUAAAGACCUGUCUAAAGUCACCACAGAGAAGGUUCUGAGACAGAUGAGGAGACUUCCAUGGGACGAUACAGAGAUUGCGUUCUACGCCACUAAGUGUAUGAUUGCCGUGUGGAAUGUACGCUAUAACUCUAUUCACUGUGCUGCCAAUCUAUUGGCCGGUCUGGCCCCCUAUCACGAACACAUAGCCAUCCAGGUGGUAGAUGGAGUGUUGGAAGACAUUAGACUAGGAAUGGAGAUAAACCACCCUAAGUAUAACCAGAGGCGAGUGAGCUGUGUUAAGUAUCUGGGAGAGCUGUAUAACUAUCGUAUGGUGGAGUCCGCCGUCAUCUUCAAAACUCUCUACUCCUUCAUCACCUUUGGAGUCGUCAUGGAUGAGGCUAACCCGUCCCCCUUAGAUCCACCAGAGCACUUGUUCAGGAUCCGACUGGUGUGUGUGCUGCUGGAGACCUGUGGUACAUACUUUGACAAGGGAUCCAGCAAGAAGAAACUGGAUUGUUUCCUGGCAUACUUCCAGCGUUACUACUGGUUUAAGAGAAGUAGUGGGAUCUUCACAGAGACUCGACCGUUUCCGGUGGAUGUAGAGAACCUGAUGAUCGACACGAUGGAGUGUGUACGACCCAAACUGAAACUCCAUCAGAACUACGAGGAGGCUGGUAAAGCCGUGGAGGAGCUAGAAAAUGAGUACAAACAGAAAGUAGCCUCAGUGUUGACGAUUAUAGAGACAGAUCAGGAGGGAAGUGCCAGCGAGACAGAGGAGGGACUGGGGACAAUACAGGAGACAGAGGAGUACGGUGAGGACCUAAGUUUAAGUGGAGUGGACGAGAGUGAGACCAGUCAGGAGGAUAUCAGUCAGAGGAGCAAUAAUGAGGAGGGAGAAGAGGAGGGAGGGAUCAGUUAUAAUGAGGAAGAUGAUGAUAUCAUGGAGAGCGCAGGGGAAAACGAAGAGGAUGACCAGAUGACAAUAAUGAAAGGUGGCCCUAAGCACAUCAAGUGUACGGAGGAUGAGGAUUUUAUGACAGCUUUUGACAAAAUGAUGUCGGAGAACAUUCAGGCACGUACGAAUGAGUCUCUGAAAGUCCCUCAGCUGGACAUCGCCGUCCCAAUGAACCUGAAAGACAAGAACAAGAAAAUAGUAAAUGUGAAUUUGUAUCCAAUGCAAGAGGAGGAAGUGCCAAAAGAAGAAGACAGGUCAAUAGAAUUCGUGUUGAUGACGCGGCGAGGGAACAAACAACAGUUCACUAAUCUGAAUGUUCCAAUUUCUGAAGAGUUUGCCACAAAGUACAGAGAAAGAGAACAGGCGGAGAAAGCAGAGAAGGAGAAGAUGAAGCAGGUCGUGUUAGGGAUCCACGAGAGACAGGAGGAGGAGGAUUACCAAGAGAUGAUAGCGUCCCUGAAUCGCGUAAUGCCGGUCAACACCAACCGAGAGAGAAGAGUGAGGUACCAGCACCCCAAGGGGGCCCCGGAUGCUGAUCUCAUCUUCGGAUCCAAGAAGAGAUGAUAAAACUGAAAGUGAAAGAGAACCCUUUCCCAAAACAGGGUCACGACCUCCCACUGGCAUCGCGUCCAAAGUCCAACACGGGGCGAAAAUCAGGGGACUUAACUCUGGCAUUGAUCUGUUGAAAACAAUUACUGUACAAUACAAUGAUUGAUUAUUAUCGGGUGUGGAACUUACAGGGAGAGAUAAAUUAUUAUUUAUUUGUUGUGGUGGGAAUGUGUAGAUUCACAAUGUCUGACAAGUCUAUUAUAGAUUGCUUUACUCAUUAUCAUUAUGUAUACAUAUACACUGCUGCCUCUGCUGGUCUGAACUAGCUGCAGUUUCCUGUGACCAAUCUUAAUAACUUAUUCAUCCCUCAUGAGUAUUUCACUGUAAAAGCAACAAAAAAAUCAUUCAGAAUAUCAAGCUCAGGUUGACUUAAUUUUACCAGGCAUAUUGAAAACAUUUCAUCUAAGAAUUCAAAGGUUUGUUUGAAAUAUUUUUUCUAAAUUUGGAUACCAAAUCUUCCACUGUUUUUAGAUUUGUCUCAAAUAAAAUAUGUAUUUAAGAAGGAAUUCUGAUUAUUAUUUAUGAGCAUUACAAACCUAAAUUUUCCUCCGAGGAAUUUUGAUGAUUAUUGUUGUAGUGCUGUUAGAUCUGGUGACAGAUUGCAGGUUGUAUUUGCUUUUGUUGUUAGUUUUGUGUUUGUGUAAGGUACUAGUUAUUGUUUUGUUUGUAUCUCAUUACAUACAAUGUAUCCUUAAGUUUUGAUUCUCGUUGGAUAAGUAAAAAAAAAAUGUUUGUUGGUAAGUGAGGAAAAGUACAAACUUCAGAAAACUCCUGGAAUGUUCUUUACCAAUUGAUGAAAAAAAUAAAAGAGAUUAUAAAGAUACAAAUUUUAUUCUUGUUCAUG